AUGACCCCUUGGCUUCCCAGCUUGCCAGAGGGGGGUACUGACCUGCGCUCAUAUGCUGGGGAACUUAGUGCCCUAGUCUCAGCUGCUGCGUGGCUUACGGUUUGGUGGGACCACCUUCAACUCCACACGGGUCAAGCACCCCGGCGAGUCACUAUAGCAGUCGAUAACAGUGCCGCUCUGCAGGUCGCUUGCGGACAUGCCGCGGCCACACUUGUGCACUCUCAAGUCUGCAGGGCUCUUUGGCAGGGCGUCCAGUCCCGGUGUGCCACUCACUUCCGCCAUGUCCCUGGGCAUGCUGGGGCCUUGGUCAAUGAAAUUGUUGACGCUUUGGCCGGGUAUGCCAGCCUGCAUUCCAGGUGUGCCACAGCGUGUUGGUGUCGUUUGUUGCCAACCUUUGGGGAUACUCUCGCGGUCUGUGCCCCACUGAUGUGGCUCUUACCGCGAGCUCAGCUUGGUCCGAAUGGCCUUUACUGGAAGCCUGCGGGGUGGGAGUCACCGCCCGCACACCCACCUGCUCCGGAGAGUCGUCAGCCUCUGCCUUCGGCCCCCCCGUCAGGCGAACCUGACCGCCCCAUCCCACUCCGCAUCAAUUUCAGGGUUGUGCAGGCAAACAUCCAGACUAUUAAAGAUGUAGAUGUGUCCUUCUUUAACCGUGAAGGACACGGUCAGCGUCGGGUAUACCUUGCCAAGCAGUUGCAGGCCUUGGAUGUUCAGGUUGCGUUUCUCCAAGAGUGUCGCAGUCGGCCAGGACGAUGGUCCUCUCACGGCUUUCUCAGCUUUCGCUCUGGUGCCGAGAACGGACUUUAUGGGGUCGAAAUUUGGGUCCGCCCGGAUCUGCUUCAGCCUGCCCUAUCGUUGGAUGACUUUCGGAUUCGCCAUGCCGAUCCACGCAUGUUACUGGUACAGUGUCUACGCGCCGAAUUGCCCAUCACCCUUGUUGCCGCCCAUGCCCCACACUCGGAGAGGCCGGAGGCGGAAGCUCGGCGGUUUUGGGGUGAUUUUAGAGUCCACCUGCUUUCUGCAUGUAACCGGGGGACCGUGAUAAUCGGCGUAGAUGCCAAUGCUGACAUUGUAGGGCGAGAUGAGGAUGAAGUCCUUGUUGGCGAUUUACUCUCCCUGCGGCCCCCGCGUUUGAAUGACGAUCUUCUUUUGGCGUGCCUGCAUGAUGCCUCCUUGGCCGCGCCCGGAACUUGGGCAGAGAUUCACUCUGGUCCUACUUGGACUUGGCAACACACAGGCGGCAAGACCCAGAGGCUAGACCACUUGCUCGUCUCAAGCGGGAUUACGGUCCAGGCCCACCGUCAAUACCCUGAGUUUGACAUUCUGAAUGGGGAGUUCAGGGACCAUAUGCCUAUCACCGCCCUGAUUGAAGUUUGCGGGCGUCGCGGGGGGCGGGUGCAUUCACGCUGCCCCUAUGCACCUGCCAGUGGUGAUCAGGUUGCUUCCAAGAUGUGGUCCCUGCUUGGGGACACUUUUUCGGGCACUUGUGAAGCCCAAGUGCAACGGCUGUGCGACGCCCAUGCUGAUGCCGUCAAGCAGCUGCCUGCACGGCCACCUUUUCUCCGGAGGCAGCCAUACCUCUCUGUUGCAGCCGAAGUAUUGCUCACAACGCUUCGGGAUGCACGGGCUGAACUCCGCCGAAUCUCGGCACUUCAGCGACUGCAACUAUGCCGCGUUGCCUUUCAUUCGUGGCGACUGCAGACGCCUGGGGUUCCCCGAUGGGAACGCCACCAGACGCAGAUGCUGCGGGCUCAUUACGCCCACGUCUGCUUUAAAUUGCGGGCCCAGGCCCAUGCGCAGGCUCGCCAGGACAAGCAGGCUUACUUCGAGUCGCUUUUGGUCGGGGCCAUUGAUCAUUGGCACGCCACCGGACGGCCUUUGGAAGCUGUUGCCAAGCUCUCGUGGGCAUCUAAGGGUGCGAAACAAAAGCGUGAUGUCCGGGCCGCCAGUGGCUUCGAUAUUGAUGAACAGCUCCAGUUGCAGUUUCAACAGCAGGAAGGGGGACGCCCUGUCUCCGAUGAUCAGCUACAACUGGCCUUCUCGCAGUGGGCCAAAAUACCUCGACCUGCAUGUUUGGCUGCUGUGCCCACUCUCCUUGACGUUGAACAUAUGUGCAGGGCGCAGAGACGCCCGGCUCACAUCCCUGCAAAUUUUCGGUCGAUCGCCAUGCUCAAUGGCGUGGCAAAGCUAUGGCACUCGCAGCUGAGGUCCACACUAGGUCAGGAGGGCAUCGCCCACUAUUUCCCUACCCAACUUGGUGGCAGGAAGGGAAUAGAUACUGGCCUCGCCCUGAGUGUCUUCCGGUCCGCUGUGGACCUGGCCUCCGUCCGCGGGCACUCAUGGGCUGCAUUGUUUGUUGACAUUCAAGCCGCCUAUUAUGAAGCGGAUCGACUCCUGCUCUUCCAAGGUCGUGAUCUCGACUCUGCGUUGCAGGGGCUCCAGCUUCCCAGACAUGUACACCGGCUUCUUCAAGAUGGCGUGCUGACCGGGUCGCACUCUUGCGAGACUGUGUUGAAUGUUCCUUUUGACGGAUGGUCGGGCAACCACAAGCGAUCAUUGCAAGCCGUGGGUCUCGGCCUGGCGAUGGCUUGGCUGAUGUCCUUUUUGGACAUUGUGCACAUUGCCUCUGCUGAUGCUCUGGGUCAGCCCGACGCCUCGCUGCAGAUCGCGUGGGCAGAUGAUCUGCCCUUGUCCACCUUCAAGGAGCUGGGGCCAAUAUCUAUCAGAGUCGUCCCUGAAUACAAGUACCUCGGCGUGGCACAACGCUGUCGUGACACCGGCCGUCGGGAUAUCGAGGCUGCAGGCGGACCCUUCCCGCAGCUUAUUCCUCGCUUGCCACGACUCUUGCUCGCUCAGAGCGUGCCUGGGGCCCUCUUCAUGGGUUUCUGGAUAAGUGCCUCCGACAGUUGGGAUGCUGGUCACCAUGUCGCCUCAGCCCAACUGCGAGCAUGCACGGGUGUUUUAGAUGUUGAGUGCGCCGUUAUGGUUGCCCGGGUCCGUCUGUUAUGUCGGAUUGCCUCCGGACGGUCAACUGAGGCCUUCGAACUCUUCCAAGCAAGCUGGGAUCGAGGAGGAGAAUGGGCCUCCCUGCUCGCUGAGGCCGCGCGUCGUGUCUGGCCUGCCUCUGGUCUCCCCGAGCUCCAGACAGGGGAGCCCACUCUCCUGGGGAUACGGAGACACCUCAAGAAGCUCCUUUCGGCUUGUCGGAAAAUUAGCCGCUCAGGCACUAUGCUUCUUGCCCUUCAACGAGCCUGGAAGAGCCACGAGAGCCCCACACCGAAGCGGGUCAUUGGCCUUGCCUCCCCUCGGACAUGUUCAGAAUGUGGGGCGACACUAGCGUCGGCCCAUGCCCUCGCGGCGCACAUGCACAGGUUGCAUGGCCGAGUAGCUUUGUGCACUCAAUAUACCCUCGGCACUGUCUGCCUGUGGUGUUUGACGGAAUUCCACAAUGCAGCCCGGCUCCGCUAUCACCCGCUUCACACCCCUGAGUGCGAACAUGGCCUCCGCUGUUGUGUUGGGCCGGUCUAUGAGUAUGGCUCUGGCACCAAACGGCGUGGUAAGCAAGGCCACGCGCGUGCACCAGUCUUUCGGAUUUGUGGGCCUAUGAACGCAACCGCAGCUCAACGUCUUGCUGCGGCUGAGGAAAGGUGCUGCACGGAGGCUGAGCUCUCGGCAGAGCUGAGUCUGCUUGCACCUGGGCCGGGCUUUGCCGAUGGUGCUCGAUCCUCGCCAGUGGUUCCCUUCCGGCGCAACUCUGUCAGUGCUCUUGGAGUUUCUCCGCCGGAGUCUGUUGAGGCUGGACCUCCGCCUUCCUUGCUCGUGCCGCCUACAGCGUCUGCCGCCAUGCCAGAGCCUUUCCCUCGUCCUGUACCUGCCCCCGUUGGGUCUCUCGGAGACUCGCUUGGACGGGACGCCCGGGAUGCGACCUCGUCACCUCUCCCUCAGGCGGUGUACCGAUUCGUUGAAUUUUCUCCCGACUGUGAGACUUCUGUUUUGUCCUGUCGGUGGGAAGGUGUGCCACCUGCGAUUUGGUGCUUGCCUGUUAGCUGGGCUGCUUGUUGGAGGGUGUUCCUGGCGUUUGACACGCAGCAUCCAUGGUCGUCGGAAGUCUGGCGCCUCUCGGCCUUUUUACGCAAGGAGGAGCGUCCGACACCUUGCCCCGAUCGGAGUGGCCCAGCUGGGUUUGGGCAUUUUGCCUCGGGUCGCAUUCUCUUCUUGCGGCGGAUGCUUACUUUCUUGCAUCUUCUCCGCCAGGUGAGGUACGGGGCCGUACUUUGGAGUGCGCAACCGCUCCCCGCUGCCUUUUGGGAGCUUCUGCGCCGUGCUUCGCCCACUGCGGUAGGGACCUCGGCGGUUCCUGUGCUUGGCUUUGGCACAGUUUUCUGCCUGCCUGAGGUCGCUGCCCACGCCUUGGCCUUGCUGGCGGUGGGGCGCCUGUCUGGUGCUUCUCCGCGCCGUCUGGCCUUCCCUCACCAACUUCUGUAA